AUGGCCUUCAAAGUUGCCGUCAUCUGCGCGUUUGCCUUAUUGGUACAGGGUAUUGCGGGACAGUACUGUGGUUGCAGCUGUCAAUCGAUUAGCAUCCCUAGCAGCGGCGGUGACCUGCUCAUCACCGCGCUUGGCCCCGUCACCCCGUCCGGCAUCGCCGUGGCCACGGACCUGAGUCUGUCCGGCGACCUGGAUCUGUCCGGCGCGCUGCCGUACCUGAGCGCCGUGGCGUUCGAGGGCCAGUUCCCCACCAGCGGCUCCGCGCCGGUAUGCUACGGCUGUGGGGACAAUGUGGCCAUCACUCAGCAAAUCGGUGGCAGCUCCGGCUGCGGAUGUGGAUGCGGCAGACGCUAAGAUCCAUUUUUAUA